AUGGAGGUCAGCAACUGCCAGACGAGGUGGAACCCAUCAACCUAUCAACCCAUCAAUACCAUCUCACCACAUAGGAUGGCCCGCCUCACCUUUGGCGACUUGGCUGUCCUCGUCCCUCUGCGCGCUGUUAACAAUGACCUUGAGAUAACCGCCAAUACGUUACAGACCACCACAGAUGUCGUCAUCAAUGGUGACUAG